CGCCACCUAGGGUUUAUAACAGCCUAUAACUUCUAAAAACUGUGAAUUUUUAUUCACUGGUUUCUGUCGAUUGCAACGAUAUCUCAUUUGUCAGUUUCCAACAUUCUGUUCAUAUCUUAUUUCAUAGCAUAUGUGAAGUAGUUUUUUCGCUACUACUUUUGCAAAUUAAGUCUAUUUUAUGCCAGGCUCUGUUCACAUAAACUUUAGAGCAAUCCGCACAGAAAUGACCAAACACAUUUUUGAUAUUCUCUGCCAUUCCCGAGAAAUACCUGUCCAAAGUUGACUGUCCCUGUGACAUUGUCUCUUUGUCAUAUUAAAUUAUUAUGACUGUAUUAUAACAUGUUGUGCAUUACUAUACAAAAUGUUUUUCUUGACUUAAACUGUAACUCUCCUCACUUAAACUGAUUCUGAUUCUUAUCUGAUUCUCAUAUAAAUUGUAAUUUUGUUAUUUCUGCUCUGCAAUGUCAUGUCUGCAUCUUCCUUGAUUGGGCCAUUUGAAUGUUUGCAGCUCUGAAAACCUUGGCCAGCUACACCAACUGUGUAGCACAGUCUACUAAAUCACAUGCAUGAAAACUCAGAGGUUGAAGGUUCGAUUUCUGCCUGAUGCAUGUGUUAUGUUUUUCUAUUAAGAUUUUGUUUUGAGUUAAUUCUCACCUAUUAUUCUUAACCAGUCUGUUUUCCAUGUUCUGCACUGCUUGCAAUAAUUUCACCAUUUCAAAAAUGCAGUAGCGGCCAUUUUGAAAAGUACAGUAUUCAGUUUUUUUACUACUUCUUUUGCAGUGUUUGUUGAAUUGUUACACAAUUUGGCUCAGAUUUUCUUUGGACUGAGCCGCAUAGAAAUGACCAAACAGAAUUUUGAUAUUUAUCUUUGUUCAAAAGUAAUACAUUUGUCAAUCAGGAAUAACUUUUAAACCGUUUAAUCAACUAAAAUUCUAUGGAGAAUAUUUGAUGGGAUAAUGUAGGUAAAGUGGGAUGGCCAUCAUUGUCUAACAGGAGAUCAGGGCAUUGGCAUAUUUUUAUCUAUAAGGCCAUGCUGGGUCUGUUACCAUCUUACAUCUGUAAUUUAAUAACAUGGAGAAGUGCUGGUUCUUAUUCAUUGCGAUCAAACGAUCACUAGCUGCUUUUGGUUCCAUUUGCCCAUACAGAAUUGGGAAAAAGGGCUUUUGUUUACUCCGCUCCUUCUGCAUGGAACUCUUUGCAAAAAGACUUGAAAUUAUCGGUACUUAUUUCCUUAAAUGUUUUUAAGGCCAGAUUGAGAGAACCUGAAAUGAUCUGUAUAAAUUGUAAAUGUUUUUAAUUAUUUGUAUUGUAACAACUUUUAUAAAUGUAACUGACUAUGUUUUUGCUGCCUCUUGACCAGGACUCCCUUGAAAAAGAGGUUUUUAACCUCAACGGGACUUUCCUGGUUAAAUAAAGGUUAAAUAUUUUUUUUUUUAAAAAUGCCUUCCCAGUAGCUCAACCAAAUGUGUGAUGGGCAUGAAAUCCAGAGGUUGGGGGUUCAAAUCCAGCAGGGCAGCAAUUAAAAUGGUUGACAAUUUUGUGUCAUGUAGAGUCAAAUGUUUGAACAGGUUUGACUACCUACAGGGGAUUUAAAAAAAUAUUCUGUUCUUGAGAAAAAUCUCUCCAAACUUGAAUAUACACAUUGUCACUUCAGCAAUCUAGCUUAAGUAGCUGUCUGUAAGUAUGUCUCCACUGUAGCUCAACCAAAUGAGUGACAGGCAUGAGACCUGGAGAUUGAGGGUUCAAAUCCUGGAUAGGGCAGCAAUUGAAGUCUCUUACUUUAGAGUCAAAAGCUUCAAUUCAUUAUUUGUAUUUUACUUUAUUAUUUUUACAGGUAUGUUAAUGUUGUAAGUGCCACACGUGAUUAGACCUCAUGACCAAAUGUCUAAAUCACACAAUGCCUGCACAUAACAAAUCUUUUGUGCUUUUUAGCAAAGAAUAUAAACUUUUGAAAAAUAUUUAGUAGCCUUCAUCAGUUUUUGCACAUAAUCUUCACUGUCUUGACAUAAUGUGAGACAGAUUUGGUGAGAAUCAAAUAAAUCCCUUUGGAGGAGUAUGUUUUUCUUUUUCUUUUGGCAAGGCAAUAACAUUUAUAUUUACAUUUAUUUAUUUAGCAGCCGCUUUUUUCCAAAGCGACUUACAAAUGGAAACAAGAGAAGCAAUUAGAGCAACACAAGAACAGCAAUACAUAGUGCACUAGAACUAUCUCAUCAAGUCUAACACAGUAUACAUAGCCAAGGGUAAGUGCUUUUUUAAGACAGAGAAUAUAAAGAUAAAUAUAGAAAACAAGAAAAGAUAUUAGCAGGUGAGGUUUUGGCGGAAGAGAUGGGUUUUUAGCCAAUUCUUAAAGACUACUACAGAUUCAGCAGAUCUUGUUGCAACCGGUAGAGCAUUCCAAUGAUGAGGAACAGAACCAGAGAAGGUACGUGAUUUUUGUGUUUUAAAGAUUUGUUAUAGAAGUAUUUGUUGUAAGGAAUGUAACAAACUACUUACUAUCUACUACUUUUACUUUAGCUCCACCUUCUUUGCACUCCAGGUCCUUUUAAGAACCUCCUCUAAUGGGAACUUCACAAACUCUGUCAAAAAGGAAUGAGAGGAUGAGAGGUCCGGCGCCUUACAAUAAAGACUUGGUUUAAUUAUGGGUGAUAAUCAGAUGAGUUUCUCUGUCUCCCUGGUAUUUCUAAAUGAAAGCAAUAUCAAGCAAAAUCUGCUGGAUUCUACACAGAGUCAACAUCAGAAACGUACACUUCAAGUAAGCAGAGAGCUGAAUGACAUCUACUUCACCAUUAAUGAUGGUGAUGGGGUCUGUGUUUUAAAAUUUUCAGUCACACGGGAGACAGAAUGUUGUCGUGUGGCAACUCGCUCAUUUCUCAUAACAUUGGGCUGUUUCAGUAUAAUUCUGUGCUUCACGACUCAGUCAGAGUUUCAGUACUUCCACAAAAGGCUAAAGUCAUGGAAUGACCUCAGGAGAGAUCAGUCCGUUUUUAACCAGAGUACAGGCGAUUCAUCUACACCACAGCUCAGUCUGUCACAGCAGCAGAACACACUACAGGAUUAUCUCAGAACUGCAACGUACCAAAAAGCCAUUUUGCUCAAUGAUGUUGACUUUAAAGAUAAAGUGGUUCUUGAUGUUGGCUGUGGGACAGGGAUAUUGUCUUUUUUUGCUGUUCAGGCAGGAGCAAAGAGAGUAUAUGCAGUGAAGGCCAGUUCUGCAGCCAAAUAUGCUGAAAUUCUAGUGAAGACCAAUAACUUGUCUGACAGAAUCACAGUUUUGCAAGGAAAGAUUGAGGAGGUUUCCUGCCCUGAGAAUGUGGAUAUGAUAAUCUCAGAGCCCAUGGGCUACAUGCUUCUCAACGAAAGGAUGUUAGAGAGCUAUCUACAUGCCAAAAACUGGUUGAAACCCAAAGGAAUGAUGUUUCCUACUAACAGUGACAUCCACCUCGCACCUUUCACUGAUGAACAGCUUUACAUGGAGCAUCAUGCCCGCUCCAGCUUCUGGAAUCAGACCAAUUUCUAUGGUGUAAACUUGACUGGACUUCAUUCAUCAGCUGUGGACGAGUUCUUCAAACAGCCAGUAGUUGACACAUUUGAUAUGCACGUUCUCAUGGCCAGGUCUGUAAAGUACAGCAUCAGCUUUCUGGAGGCAAAAGAGGAAGAUUUACACCGGUUGGAAAUUCCCUUUGUCUUCAAAAUGCUGCAGUCGGGACUGAUUCAUGGGCUUGCAUUCUGGUUCGAUGUGGCCUUUGUUGGCUCAAGGAUGACAGUAUGGCUGUCCACUGCUCCCAAUGAACCUCUGACUCACUGGUAUCAGGUGCGCUGUCUCCUGCAAACACCCCUUUUUGUGAAAAUGGGACAGACGUUAUCUGGGCAUGUCCAGCUAAUAGCCAACAAUAGACAGAGCUAUGACAUUCAUAUAACUGCUGUGGUUGAUCAGUCUGGAUUUAAAUCUGGGAACACACUGGAUUUGAAAAAUCCCUUUUUCCGGUAUGCCUGAAUUCUCAUUCCAGUAAUAUUUACAACAAGACCUAAAAGAAGACCGGAGGAAUAUCACUAAUAAUUAAAAUAGCUUAUUAAAUUAUUAUGUUUCAGUACUAUUGCAAACAAAUAUCCUGUAGUGUCUGCCUGUAUUCUAAUAAAAACUGAGGAAUCAUUAUAUACGGUCAUACCAUUGCAAAAACAACAAAUCUAAUGGUGGUACAGUGGACUUUGACUUUUGCACAGUACUGUAUAUGUGACAUAAAAAUUACUAUUUUACUUACAUUGAUUAUUAUUUAAAAGUAUAGUUUAGUUUAACUGUCUGAUUUACUAAAUCCAUAAGUGUAUAGUGAACUUAAAAUUUUCUGUAGAAAAUGCUGGGAAGAAUACAGGUGCAAAGUUCAUUUAUUUCAGCAAUUCAACUCAAAUUGUGGAACUCAUGUAU